GCACCGACACAGGAGGAAUUUUUACCUCUCCGUGGGAAUUUCCCAGUCGCGUACCAGGACGGUACUUCUUGGUUUUUGUCGCUGUUAAUAGAGAGCAUACAUGGCGAUGGAGGACGAGGAUAAUAAUACAGCGGUCGUGGCGACUAACACCCAAACGGGCAUCAAGAAAGGAGAUAACGGGGCUUGCAUAGACAGGCAGCCGGACACGGUGGUCCACCGAGCGGGGCUGAAUCAGACUGCAGGUCGCGGCAGCCGCAGUGGUCCCGGAGCUCAUGCUACAACGGGGAUACGAGUGCUAAAGCGCAACAUGAAGCGAAAUGGGAGUCGUGGCUGCGUGACAAGAAAGACCAGAUUUGGAUCACGAGAGCGGGACUGGCUCAAGGGGGACACCCAGCGGGGCUGUGUGUGUCUGUAUGGGGGAACGGUAGACCCCCAGUUACCUGCCUCUGGCCCCCAGGCUUCUUCUACCCCUCAGACAGACUUGCAGUUGGUGCUCUGCUCUACGAGCACCACAGUUGAAGAGCUGUGUGCCCAGAGGGAUGGACAGGGACUCUAUGUUCAGCUGCAUGGAGACCUAGUCAGGAGGCUGGACCCCACUGAACGACCUCUCCAUAUGGUUUAUGACUAUCUGGCAGCUAUGGGCUAUGCAGACCCUGUACGAGUACAGCAAGAGGCAGCCAACUCAGACCUCAGCUGCUUGAUCCGCUUCUACACUGAGCGUCCAGUGAACGCAGACCAGCAGGAGCGGACCCUGCUGACAGGCGUAUUCAGCGUCAGGAAGGGCAAGACACAGCUGCACAAGUGGGCUGAGCGGCAGGUCAUUCUAUGCGGCACCUGUCUAAUUGUGGCCUCUGUCAAAGAUAGCCUGACUGGGAAGAUGCACAUCCUGCCUCUGGUGGGGGGAAAGGUGGAGGAGGUGAAGCGCAGGCAACACUGUCUGAUGUUCAGCUCAGCCGGAUCACAGGCCCAGACAUACUUUGUCAACUUUGACACACUCGCGGACUACCAGCGGUGGCAUCGGCAGGCAUCAAAAGUGGUGUCUCAGACAGUGAGCCUGGUGGACCUGUCUUGCUACAGUCUGGAAGCAGUGCCAGAAUAUCUGUUUUACAGCCAGGAUAUCACUCACCUCAACCUGCGACACAACUUCAUGAGCCUACAGGGGCCUGGAGGCCUGCUCAACCUCCCCAGGUUUUCGCAGCUGAAGAGCUUGAACUUGUCUCACAACCGUCUGGGUGUGUUCCCUGAAUGUGUGUGUGAGAUCCUCACCCUGACUGAACUCAACCUCUCCUGUAAUAGUCUUCACACUGUCCCUGUGCAGAUUGGCAAUCUUCAAAGCCUGCAGACGCUGUCUUUGGAUGGAAACCACCUCAGCUCCCUGCCUGAGGAGCUGGGUGGCCUGUCCCAGCUCAACAGUCUGGGGCUCUCCUUCAACAACUUCACUCACAUCCCUGCUGUGUUGGAGAGAUUGACUGCAGUGGACAAGCUGGCCAUAGCUGGAAACAGAGUAGAGAGUCUGGAGUUGUGUACUUUGGCCAGAAUGAGCCACCUGAAAAACAUUGACCUCCGGCUGAAUGGGCUACGCUGUGUGAAGAGUGAGAGUCUAGAGGCAGUGAACCAGGUGACCCAGCUGGACUUAAGGGACAACUGCUUAGACACACUAGACCUGAGCUGUGUCUGCAACCUGGAGACUCUUCACUGCCAGCGCAACCAGCUGGGGACACUCACACUCAGUGGUUUCACACUGCGCAUGUUUCAUGCCAGCAGCAACCGCCUUACUACAGUCAACAUCUAUCCAGUCCCUAACCAGUUGACACACAUGGACUUAUCACAGAACCUUUUGGAGUACCUUCCGGACUGGGUGUGCGACUGCAGAAAGAUUGAGAUGCUAGACGUGACGCACAACCUCCUGUCUGAGCUUCCUUCCAGACUGUUCAACAGCUUGAGUUUGAGAAAGCUGCUGGCGGGGAACAAUCGUUUGCAGAGAGUGCCUGACCUACUUGACCACGUCCCUCUGGAAGCCCUAGACCUCCAGCACAACAAGCUAGUCGAGCUCCCUGAGAGUCUCUUUUACAAGGCCUUAAACCUGAAAUACUUAAAUGUAUCAGCCAAUGCCCUAGAGAGUAUUCCUCCCAGCAGCCAAUCAGAGGAGAGCCUCAGCACACUGCAGGAGCUCUACCUGACGAAGAACAACCUAAACGAGAACUGUGGUGCUCUGUUGGUGGGACACCAGAGUCUGCGGGUGCUUCACAUUGCCUACAACCAGCUGCUGUCCUUCCCUGCUAGUAAGCUGAGUAAGCUAGAACUGCUGGAGGAGCUUAAUCUAAGUGGCAACAAGCUUAAGACUAUCCCCUCCACUGUGUCCAGCUGUAAGAGACUGCAUACCCUCAUAGCACACUCCAACCACAUUACUGUCUUCCCAGAGAUCCUGAACCUGCCCGAGAUUAAGCUCGUUGAUCUAAGCUGUAAUGAGCUGACUGAGAUCCAGCUGCCAGACUCGCUGCCUGCCACUCUGCAAGAGCUGGACCUGACAGGCAACAGCAGCCUGAUGCUGGAACACAAAACCCUUAACCUCUUCAGUCACAUUACCACCCUUAAAUUAGACCAGAAAUCCACAACGUCAGCAGGAGACUCCUUGAAUGCCUCUACUCCAUGGAACCAUGGUUACUCUGAAAUGAGCGGCCAAAGGAACAAGUUGUGUGUGUCUGUGCUGGCCGUAGACCGGUUUGGAGACAGUGUGGAAGCAUGUUACGGCAUCUUCGAUGGAGACCGCAAUGAGGAAGUGCCCCGGCUGCUCCAGUGCACCAUGGGAGAUGUGCUUUGUGAGGAAGUGCAGCACUCCAGUAUAGACAGUGUGUAUAUGAGUAACACUUUCAUCACAUCACAUAGGAAACUAGGUAUGGCUGGACAGAAACUGGGUGCCUCUGCCUUGCUGUGUUAUAUCCACCAUGAGUCCUCAGAGCCAGGAGGCUACCUGAGCCUCACUGUGGCCAACGUGGGUACCUGCCAGGCAGUGCUGUGCCGGGAUGGCCGACCUGUACCUCUCUCUAAGGUUUACAGCUUGGAGAACUGCACUGAGGAGAUGGAGAGAGUCAAACUUAGCAAAGCCAUUAUUACUGAGGAUAACAAAGUAAGCGGAGUGACAUGCUGCUCUCGCCUGCUGGGCUGCUCUUAUCUGUCUCCCUGGGUGCUACCAAAGCCCUGGGUGCACACUGAGCCCCUUUUUUCCCAGGAUGAGUUCUUGAUCUUGGGGAAUCGAGCACUGUUUGAACGUGUCUCCUACCAGGAGGCAGUGUGCACUGUGCAGGCUGUGCAGGAUCCACGUGCUGCUGCCAAGAAGCUUUGCUCCCUCGCCCAGAGCUAUGGCUGCAAGGAUAACAUCGGGGCUGUGGUGGUGUCCCUGCACAUUAGUGAAGAUAGCUGUACCUGUGAGCCACCGGUCUCCACCACUGAACCACGGGGUCCUCCCCCAGCACCUUUUCCUGUGUCUAUAAUCCCAGGCUCCAAUGACACAGUCAUGCUGUCAUCCAGUAGUGGUAUUGUCUCUGAGUUUAAUAGUGAGACAUCAGCAUCAGAGGUGGGAAGCGAGGCGGGGUCCACUGCCUCUGACGAGCACCCAUCAUCGGGACCUGCCUCUCGCCCAGAGAGACGGUGUAGCCUGCACCCUGCUAGUACACUGUGUGGUAUUAUGAUGCCAGGAUCAGCUGGGCCAGGAACCCAUCCAGGCCUGUUCCAGCGGCAGCCCUCCUGUGCCACCUUCUCAAGCAAUCAGUCUGACAAUGGCUUGGACAGUGAUGAUGAAGCUCCUCUCGAGGGUGUGAUCUCCAAUGGCAGCAAGUUAGAAGUGGAGGUAGACAUUCACUGCUGUGCUUUCCAGCUACGGUCAGGAGCCCCUGAGAGCCCCAAAGACCUGGACUUUGAAAAGCGAGGCUCUGACUAUCCCAAUGGCAAAACACGCAGACAGAACACUGUGGUGGUGUCUGCAACAAACGGCUGCCUGCUGGCAGUUUGUGGGAGAGAGAUUGCUGACCUUAAGAAGUCACCUUCCACGUGUAGCCUGUUUGGGAAGAAGCUGUCCAAUGGUUCUGUGGUGGCCCCUGAGGAUAGUCAUAAUCUCAUUGAGGUGGCCCUGGAGGCUCCCAAGAAGAAAUCUGGCUACUUCACUGCCCCAGCACAGCAGGACCCAGAGGACCAGCUGAUUGUGCCUCCUUGUCUGGAGCAGGAAGUCAGGGAGCAGCUAAGAGGCCAUAGCCCUCUAGUUUCAGGCCCCUGCGCACCAUCCACACCCCCUUCCUUAAAAGACCCCGUGUGGGAUCAUCCUCACCCUCCUGCCUUUGCCCCCAACUUGGUCCCAGGUCCAGGGCCAACUCCGAUCUUACAGCAAGAAGUCUACGAUACCGCCCUCUAGAAGGGUAACACAGCACAGUGCCACGUGGUUGCAAUUCUGUGAUCGUGCCAUUUGAGGGAAGUAGAGGAGAUUUUUCUCAUAAAUGUGGGAUAUUCCAAUUCAUGUUGCCACUCAGAUCUUUUGUGAAGACAAGACAAGCAUGUGGGACAUUGAUAGUUACAAGGUGAAGCUGUGCCAUUAAUGUGAGGUAAAAAAAGAGGUUAUGUGCAACAAUUUGGGUAUCCAAGAAAAGAAGGCAACCAAGAUCCCUGAUCAUGACAUAAUGUUGUUAAAAGGAAAGCUGACUAUCAAAGACCAAAACAAGCCUGACCUGAAAUGGGAUACCUCAUGUGUUUAAACAUGUCAGCAACAUUUCCCUUUACUUGGAAAGUCAAGAAAUCUAGAUGGUGUGUGCGGGAUCGUGUUCAGUGAGGUCAAAUCUCCUCUCCAGGGGCUAUGUGGUCUCUCAUGUCCUGGAGAGAAGCCCUGGGACUGAAACUUGAAAAAGUGCCUACUGCAGACAGCCUGGUGCUCCCGUACACCCUGUCUGUGUUUGAGGAUAGAGCUCAUUAUCUAAAUUUGGAGGACAGACAGUGUCUCCAAGAGACCAACACUGGCACAGCUACUGCUACCCUCCUCCUCCUGUGGCUUAUUAAAGGAAAAUCAAACAAUAUAAAUGCUAGUGACAUAGAAACUAGAAAAUGUAAAGACAAAAUAAUCUACAUUGCCAGAAAACUCUUGGUUGGGUUUUAUUUUAUUAACAUUUCCCACACAAUGUGUAUAGAAUCUCCUCUAUAGAAUAAAUGAAAGUAUAAUACACACUCACAACUAGCA